CCCGGUUUCUUCAGCGUCUCACUACAGAGAAACUCAGGCUAAAGGUUAAAGGAUGCGGUUUAUUAAAUAAUUCCAACCAUUAACCUGCAACCUGCAAACCCAUGGCAGCCUAUUAAGUUUACGCUAUCAUGAUUCAUGCUUGAUGUUUACUGAUGAGAAAGCUUAAUGCCUGUUUGCUUUACUUUUUAUUGCCACCCAUAAUAUAUAGAGAAAGGAGCCUUGAGGGGGGAGGGGCAAAAAAGGUUACAGGACCCACGCGAGGGGACAAUAAGAGCAGCAGACUCAGUUGCAUCAAGAUUGAAGCCUUCCCUCCCUCCCUCCAUCUCUCCGUAUAGGCCCCAGCGCACAUCUGCGUCACUUACAGGGGGGAGGAGGGAGGCGCUGAGCGGAGAGAAAAUUGGAGUGUGAGGACCUUGACAGCUUCACAGGCGGGCUUUUCCAUUUGCCUCCUUGUCUUUUGUGGACUAUUUCCUUCUCUCCUUUACAAACCGACUCUAAAACCACAGCUCCUCGCCUUGCAGAAGGCAAUUGACUUUCUCCUAGAUACCCCGCAAGCUCGCCAGGACAUCCUUGGGGAACCCAGGGACAGGCUGGGACUCAGGUGCAUCGAGGAGGCUGCGGGGUGCGCUUCUUGGAGACUUGGGGCUUUCUCUCUUUCUCUCUCUCUCUCUUUUUUUUUUUUUCCUCGUCCUCUCUCUACGCUCUCCAGACACUGAACUCUGAGCUGCAAGGACAGGAGAACCGACACCUUUCGCGACUGACACUGUGCCACGGGGUUGCAGACCAGGGAGGUGUAUUCCGGCUUCCCUUUCCGCCGCCUCGGGAGCAUCGGGGCGCACCAAGCUCCCUCUCUGGGGAGCCUCGCUCGCAUCAGGGUUCGCAGGACCGGGAGUCGGGGUGGAGGAUUUCAGCUCCAGGCUCCUGGCUGCCACCUGGGCUCUGGGUUGGGUGGGCUCCGCCGCACGUCUGACCCCAGCCGAGCCGAGGCGCGCAUCGCUGCCGUCUGCGCUCCCUCCAGGGUGGCGCGGAGCGCGGCGGCUUCGCCCCGACGGUGCCCCCCACCCACCCCCCUUCUCCCAGCAGAGAGAGCCCGACCAGCUUCCAGCUGCAACCUCGGACCCUUCUGGCCUCUCACUCUCCCCGGUCGGUCAGCGGCUUCCGCAGCAGCCCCGUUCCCUUUGCCUGCCUGGAGUUAAGGAUGUCGGGCUCUGGGCGAAAAGACUUCGAUGUGAAGCACAUCCUGCGACUCCGCUGGAAACUCUUCAGCCACCCGUCGCCGUCUUCCGGAGGCCCGGCCGGGGGCAGCUGUCUGCAACAGGAUGGCAGCGGCAGCUUCGAGCACUGGGGACCCAGCCAGAGCCGCCUGCUUAAGAUCCAAGAGAAGAGCAGCAUGAGCGCUUUCUGGAAGAAGCCAUCCUCGUCUUCCUCCUCCUCCUCCUCCACCUCCUCCUCCUCCCCUUCCUCGUCCUCCCAGUCUUCUUCCUCCUCCGCCUUCAACCCACUGAAUGGCACCCUGCUGCCAGUGGCCACGAGGCUGCAGGGGGCACCGGGGCAGGGCACGCAACAGCCGGCCAGGACUCUCUUCUACGUGGAGUCCAUCGAAGAAGAAGAGGUGCCAGGCAUGGACUUCCCAGGACACCCCGAAAAAGGGCUGGUCCUGCAGGAGCUCAAAGUGGAGCCCGCCAACUCGAGCCAGGCAACAGGUGAAGGAUGUGGACACAGACUCUCAGCGACAAGCCAUUCCCUGACAUCUCAAAGUGACAUGGACUCUAGCAGCUCUGAAGAAUUCUAUCAGGCUGUUCAUCACGCUGAGCAAACCUUCAGAAAAAUGGAAAGUUACUUGAAACAACAGCAACUCUGUGACGUCAUUUUGAUUGUUGGAAACCGAAAGAUACCUGCACAUAGGCUUGUUCUCAGCUCAGUGUCUGACUAUUUUGCUGCCAUGUUUACAAGUGAUGUGUGUGAGGCCAAGCAAGAAGAGAUCAAGAUGGAAGGCAUAGACCCCAACGCUCUCUGGGACCUUGUUCAAUUUGCGUAUACAGGCUGCUUGGAAUUAAAGGAAGAUACCAUUGAAAACCUUCUUGCUGCUGCGUGCCUUCUUCAGCUUCCUCAAGUGGUAGAGGUGUGCUGCCAUUUCCUCAUGAAGCUUUUACACCCAUCCAACUGUUUAGGAAUCCGUGCAUUUGCAGAUGCUCAAGGAUGCAUUGAAUUAAUGAAGGUAGCCCACAGUUAUACAAUGGAAAACAUAAUGGAAGUUAUAAGAAAUCAAGAAUUUUUACUGCUUCCUGCUGAGGAGCUCCAUAAACUCCUGGCCAGCGAUGAUGUAAAUGUUCCUGAUGAAGAAACCAUUUUCCAUGCAUUAAUGAUGUGGGUCAAGUAUGAUAUGCAGAGGAGAUGCAAUGACUUAAGUAUGCUUCUUGCCUUUAUAAGACUUCCACUCCUUCCACCACAGAUAUUGGCUGAUCUAGAAAAUCAUACAUUAUUUAAGAAUGAUCUGGAAUGCCAAAAGCUGAUUCUAGAAGCAAUGAAGUAUCAUCUAUUACCAGAAAGAAGAACCUUAAUGCAAAGUCCAAGAACUAAACCUAGAAAAUCUACAGUCGGAACUCUGUAUGCUGUCGGGGGAAUGGAUAACAACAAAGGAGCUACAACCAUAGAAAAAUAUGACCUGAGAACAAAUUUGUGGAUUCAGGCAGGAAUGAUGAAUGGAAGAAGAUUACAGUUUGGUGUGGCUGUUAUUGAUGACAAACUCUUCGUGAUUGGAGGCCGAGAUGGCUUAAAGACUUUGAACACUGUUGAAUGUUACAAUCCUAGAACUAAGACCUGGACUGUCUUGCCACCAAUGUCAACACAUAGACAUGGACUAGGUGUGACUGUGCUCGAAGGCCCUAUUUAUGCCGUGGGAGGCCAUGAUGGCUGGAGUUAUUUGAACACAGUGGAGAGGUGGGAUCCGCAGAGUCAGCAGUGGACAUUUGUGGCCAGCAUGUCUAUUGCUCGGAGCACAGUUGGUGUAGCAGCACUGAAUGGCAAGUUGUAUUCUGUUGGAGGUCGUGAUGGCAGUUCCUGUCUGAGUUCAAUGGAAUAUUACGAUCCUCACACAAAUAAGUGGAACAUGUGUGCCCCCAUGUGUAAGAGAAGAGGGGGUGUUGGAGUGGCCACAUGUGAUGGUUUUCUUUAUGCAGUAGGUGGUCAUGAUGCUCCUGCUUCAAAUCACUGUUCAAGGCUGCUGGAUUAUGUAGAAAGAUAUGACCCUAAGACAGACACAUGGACCAUGGUGGCUCCUUUGAGCAUGCCCAGAGAUGCUGUUGGAGUCUGCCUUCUUGGAGACAGAUUAUAUGCAGUUGGUGGCUAUGAUGGGCAAACAUACCUGAAUACUAUGGAAUCCUAUGACCCACAAACUAAUGAGUGGACACAGAUGGCUUCCUUGAAUAUUGGAAGAGCAGGUGCCUGUGUGGUAGUCAUCAAGCAACCUUGAUCUAUUUUUAUUUAGAAAAAAUUUAUUUGCUGGAAUGAUUAUUUUUAUGUCAGCGGGCAAGAAUGAGAACUUCCUGAAUUGAAACUCUUCAAUAACAAGGGAUUUUUUUCAGAUUAACCAGCUGAAACAAAAAGAGGUAGAAGAGUAAUCAGAAUUAUACAAGACAAAUCAUCAAACUGCUCUAGGAACAGUAUCUGGCUGUGUAUUAGUUCAGGAUGGUUAUUGGUAAUUUGUUUUGUAUUGUAGCAUACAAUAACUAGAGUUACCAAAGGCUUGUUUUUCUUGAAUCAUUAUAAACAGAGAAUGAUGUGGACAUGGCUCAUUUCAUGACUGCAACUCAAUCGCCUUAGGAUGUGUGACAGUAUUAAAAGUUGAGUAGAGGAAGAAUAUUUCAUCUGAUGGAAUCUGAUUGGUUUAUAAUUUUGCUAAUCAGAAGUAGCCAUGUCAGGAGACAGAAUGAUGUUUUAUUGAAACAAACAUGCUUCUUUCUCAUUUCACUAAGCUACAAAGAUAGAGAAACAAAUCCAUGCUUGUCUCUUGUGUUCAGAAAAUGAACUAUCUUGCUAAAAAAAAAAAACUACAUAUGUCAUCGGCAAUCAUGGCUGAAGUGUAUUGCAAUUUCAUUAGCCAUCUGAAGCUUGCAAACACAAAGGUUGCUUUCAUUAGAUUUGCCACAUUGGUUUUCAUUUGAACACACUGAGCAAAAGAACCAGCACGAUGAUGGGCCUUUGCCUUAGAGUUCAGUGUAAGCACGGGAACUAGAUCUUCUGAAUAUUAUAUAGAUAGAUACCCAUUGCAUGUUGAAGUUCCUUAAAAUUUUGUUCAUUUGGGAAAAGAAACAGAAUUUGGACAGAGAAACAUAUGGUCGGUUCACUCAUUUGGAAUAUUAAUGGUCAUUGAUAUACAGACAGCAAAAUUCAAAUGUUCAUUUCUCAAUUUUCAAACUUGUUACAUUGAUAUACACAUUAUUUUAUGCAGACUAUUUGUAAUUGUUUAAAGCAUAAAGUAUAUACAUUUACAGUCUGUCCUUAAUAGAUAUAUGUCAAUUUAAAAGAAAACAGUGAAUAAAUAAUAAAAUUUUGCUUUUAUCAGUGUAUCUUUCUUCAAUGAAUUUUUUUCUAUACACACGUAUAAAUUUUGACUAGACAUAUUGCUAAAAAAGGCCAUUUUAAUUGUUUGCCUUUUUCAAAACCAAGAACUAUGAGGGCUGUGACACAGUCAACCCUGUUCUUCACUUAUGUCCCCAGCACUCCAAGGAAGAAAAAGGAAAUAUUCAUCCAGUAUAAGUUUUGUUUUUCUCUAAAGUUCUAUUCAGACAAACAAAUGAAAUUUUUAUUGAUUUCAUCAUUACUUACUUGUGAGAGUUAACAUUGAUGUCUAGAUUAAAAAUCAUAUGAGAGUACUGAAAAUCGUUCUGACUCUAUAAAAGACAAGAAAAUUACUGUUUCUGAAUCAGUGUAAACCAUGGAAUUUAGUUUUUUUACUGAGGACUAAAAAUACUUCAAAUCUACUAGCCAAGAAAUACAUUGGUAAUAAAUAUUAAGUAAAGAAAAUAUUAAAACUUAUGUUUUCCAAGUUUCACAUAUGACCGCAUUUAUAAAAGUUUAUGAUACAUGCAAUUACAUGAAAAUUUAAUUACAUUUCCUAUAGUUUCACCUCUCCUUAAUUAUUCAUAUUUAGGGAUCUUUAGAUUUAAAUGUAAAUACGAAAGUUUUUG